AUGUUCUCCAUUCUUCUUUUGUUCUUGUGUGUUGCGCAGGCCUAUGGCCGGACAGCACCGUCGCUGUCGGAGAUCCCAAAGGGCGAGGCCCUGGCACCCGAAAAAAUCACCGUUAUCCAGGACUUUGGGAUCAAUACAAUCGAAAAACGAAGCUCGAUCAAGCCAGACCACCGUACCUUGAUUGACAUUCUCGGGCAGGACGUCGCCCACCGAAUCACAUUCGGGGAACUGCGACCAACGCAAGAUACCGACCACUCAAACCAGCCUACCUGCUUUAGGCUCUGGGGCAGCUGUCCCCGGGUAACAUUCUUUAAACGUGGCACCCUGAGGGAGGUCAAACGUUGUACGAUCGAGGCAGACAAGACGGUUGAGAUCGGCCGACGCAACUACGGCACCCACCCCUUCCCCAUGGAGGUCCACCACUCUCGAGCAAAGGCCAGAGUUGUAACACAUAACUGGAGUAUUGCCGCAAGGAUCGACACGUAUGUCCCGACAUCGAAGGUGCACCUCUCCGCUGCGUAUUCGGGCAGCAAGAUAAACUCAGACGUUCAAACAACCUCAGUCAAGCACACCUCGACUUGCCCUCCUAACCACGAAUGUCGCCUUGAAACAUGGACUUAUAUGCUCAGGCUCACUGGCACAUGCAGGCAACAGCCAUGGGCGGGUUGCCGCGGUGACUGGAAUCUUUGCGACUAUCAAUCAUGGGGACGAAGGUGCCGUCAGUUCGCUGACCGAACAAACACAUGCGCAAAGGUGAUGGACGUGGAAUGCACCGUGGAUGUCCCCCUUACCAACCGGGAUGGAAAGCUGGUGAGCCAGCUAGUUGCUAUCGAGGCCAGGCUCCGUUAA